AUGGGUUGUUCUAAUUCCACUCAUGUGGGCGAGGAAUCCGACGCUGACCGGAGGGCGACAAAAGCACUGAACCCCUCUACCGCUUCUACCCUGCUCCCGAAUUUCCAUUCAGAAACACUUGAAGCUCCUUCGCAGACAGGACUCUCUAUGGAAUACCAGCUGGCUGUGACAGCAGUUACAGAUGCAUAUAUCGAGGAGACAAGAGAGUUCGAAAUGACCCUGAUGGAGAUAACGAACGAAAUAUUCACGGAGCAAUAUGGAGAUCCAAAUGUAGCCGCAUUUUACUAUGUUCCAGAAGGCACCGCUGUCCCGGAGGAAAAGAUGGAGCCUGCUAAGGAGUGUCGCGUCUGUUUCCAGGCUGUUUCCGUCUGCGCGUCCCUGCUGUAUCCGUGUAAAAGGUGUACGGAGUUUACUUGCAGUGAUUGCCUUCGGAAAAUGUUCACCACAGCCUGUGUUGAUGAGUCCCGGAUGCCUCCACGUGGUUGCUGUGGUCCGCUAAACAUUGGAGUGGCUGUCUCUGUCCUUACUUCAGAGGAAAUACUUCGGUUCAAGGCCAAGCACGAGGAAUGGUCGACGGCCAACCGUGUGUAUUGUCCAGUCCCUACAUGUUCUGCCUUUAUCCCCUACAGGCUAUUCCCCCCUGAUUACCGCCCGACUGCUCUAAAACUGGCCAAGCCGGAAGUGAAAGAGAACCCACCAUCAACUCUUAGCCCAGCACAACUACAGACUCCGCCACCCACACCUCCUUCCCUUCCCUCCUCACCGCGUCCACAGCAUGCAUUUAUAUCAUGCCCAGAGUGUGCCAUUGAAAUAUGUUGCGCAUGCAAGCAGAUGGCUCACCUUGGCGCUUUGUGCCCUGAGGAUGCAGGAGAAUUGGAUCCCGAACUGGCUAAGCUCUUGAAGCAAUGGAAGGUCAAGCGCUGCCCUAAGUGCCGUGGAGCAGUAAGGCGAAUGUACGGUUGUAGCCACAUUGCCUGCAGAUGUGGUGACCAAUGGUGCUGGCACUGUACUCAGCCUAUCGAAUGGUGUCAUAAAUAUGGUUGUAUAGAUAACAUAAGUGAGGACGACGACGACGAUUCAUACGAUGACGAUGGAGAUGACGAGAAUGAGUAUGAAACUAGGAAUCAGGGCGAAGGUGAAGCAGCUCCUGCAAUCAGAGACCUGGACCGAGGCGGUAGAUAUCGCUGGAAUGAUAGAGACCAUGACUUUGGCGAAGAACCCGUUUUACACCAUUAUGACCCCUUCGAUUGCUACCACAGGUGGACCAAGGCUGAGACUUCAGACGUUAACGAUAGGCAGAACUACGCCUGUGAACGGUGCUGGCGUGACAUUGCUCCCCGCCAAUUUACGUACCCAGAAGUGGCGGAAUUGAUGGAACAGGGUUUUAUUUUGGAGAAGCCCAUUGUGGAUGGAGAAAACCACGAGAUUUCAAAUCUGAGGCUUUUUCUCUGCAAUCGAUGUAUGCUGAUGCUCUGUGAUGACUGCCAGGUCGCCAACACUGCGGAAAAGGUAGCUAGAAGACAGUGGGAAAGGGUGUAG